AUGGCUCCUCCGCCCGAAAUUGCCAUUCCAUCGACGAGUGUCUCCGACGAAGGCUCAACCAAACCCUACACGCUGUACAACAUCACCCUACGACUGCCGUUGCGCUCGUUUGUCGUGCAAAAGCGGUACUCGGACUUUGCCCGACUCCACGCCAGCCUCGUCGAGCAGGUUGGCGCGCCGCCCCCAGAGUCCCUUCCCGGCAAGCACUGGCUGAAAUCAACAGUCCGCUCGCCCGACCUGGCGAGGGAGCGGCAGGCCGGGCUGGAAAAGUAUCUGCGGACGAUUGCCGAAACGCCCGAUCGACGAUGGCGAGACACAUCUGCCUGGCGGGCGUUUCUGAACCUCCCGAGCUCCAGCACCACCAACUCGACCGUCUCCGCCCCCGGGAUGGUGAGGCCGGCCGCGACGGGGGCGGCAGACCCGCAAACGUGGCUAGACAUGCACAGAGAACUGAAGCAGCACCUCAACGAGGCGAGGCAAUGCCUCUCGAGGAGAGACGCGGCGACAGAUGCCGGCAACAACGCCGCAGCGGCAGAGGCGGGUGCGGCGGCGCGAAAGGUGCUCCUGAAGGCCGGCGCGCUGGUCAGCGGAUUAACGGACGGUCUGCGGAGGAUGCAGGAGUCGAGCCGGCUUGGCGAAGGGGAGCUCCGACGAAGGCGCGACUUGGCUUCAGCGGCGAGGAUGGAGCGCGACGCCCUGGAAAAGCUUUCCAACAGCGUGUCCGGCCCAAACAGCGCCGCCGGCCACGGAGGCACCGCCUCCAGCGACUCCAACCGGCUGGCCACUGCGUCGGAGAAAGCAGCUCUCCUCAAGGGCGGCCGUCCGGCAGGCCGCGUGCUCGGCGCGCCGCUCCUCGAAACCGCCAAGACUAGGGAGCUCGACAACGAGGGCAUCCUGCUCCUGCAAAAGAGGGAGAUUGCCGAGCAGGACCUCAACCUCGACCAGCUGACGGCCAUUAUCCGUCGUCAGAAGGAAAUGGGGCUCCAGAUCAAGGACGAGGUUGAUGCGCAGACGGAGAUGCUCCAGCAGCUGGACGAGGAUGUGGACCGCGUCAACAAGAAGCUGGACGUGGCCAACACGCGCAUCAAGAAGCUGUGA